GAGGGUUCGCGUUGUGUGAGUCUCUUUGGGCCAAGCGGGGCCUGCUCGGAGAAAGCGGAGUCUGGAGCUGCCACCGACCCGGGAGGCGCCAAGGGAAGCGCGGCUGCUGUGGCCUCUUCGGGGCCAAGGUUAGUUCUAGAGCAGGAAAGUGUGUGCUGCUGGAACAAGUUUAACAAUCCCGUGUGCAGAGCUGUUCACCUACGGGCAGCGAGACUGGACAUUUUCUUAAUGCUUGGUGUGUCUUCCAGCUGAAGAGCAGCCAUGUCCUACGUUUUUGUCAACGAUUCCUCGCAGACAAACGUGCCUCUGCUACAGGCUUGCAUUGAUGGAGAUUUUAACUAUUCAAAGAGGCUGUUAGAGAGCGGCUUUGACCCGAAUAUUCGAGACAGUCGGGGCCGAACGGGUCUCCACCUGGCUGCAGCCAGAGGCAAUGUUGACAUCUGUCAGUUGCUGCACAAGUUUGGUGCUGACCUUCUGGCUACUGAUUACCAGGGUAACACGGCCCUUCACCUCUGUGGGCAUGUAGAUACCAUUCAGUUCCUCGUCUCCAAUGGACUCAAAAUAGAUAUUUGCAAUCAUCAAGGUGCGACUCCGCUGGUCCUGGCAAAGCGAAGAGGUGUGAAUAAGGAGGUGAUCCGAUUGUUGGAGUCCUUGGAGGAGCAGGAGGUGAAAGGAUUCAACCGAGGAACGCACUCAAAGCUGGAAACCAUGCAGACAGCAGAAAGUGAGAGCGCGAUGGAAAGCCACUCGCUUCUCAACCCAAACCUGCAGCAAGGUGAAGGGGUUCUGUCCAGCUUCCGAACAACAUGGCAGGAGUUUGUGGAGGAUCUUGGCUUCUGGCGAGUGCUGCUCCUCAUCGUUGUGAUCGCCUUGCUGUCUCUCGGGAUUGCGUACUACGUCAGCGGAGUGCUUCCUUUUGUAGAGAACCAGCCCGAACUGGUGCAUUAAAGGGGUUCGUCAACAAACAGCAUCCUCACUGUUAAUUUUAGCUUUUCAUUUGUUUGUGUGUUUCUUCCAGUGCAAGCAGUGGCUGCUGUUAUGUACUGCUGACAUUAAUAUCCCUGUGUAUAGAAGCCCUUUUGGAAGAGGGAGUGUUAAUUUUGGCUGGACAGCACUAAAUUCUGAGGCAUUCCUAAGCCCCCUAAGCUGGUCUCUGCCAAUAAAAUGAUGUAGAGGGCCACAAGUAAUCAUAUCUGGAUUCAGAACCGAGUCAUCGAGUAUUUAUCUUUUCCUUAAAUUUCUCUUGAAAUGUCACCGGUCUUUGUUUUCAGUUCAAGAAAACAGCAUAGUUUUUAUCCAAGCUGAUUUGACAAUAUUAACAAAUCUUGUGAAAUGAAUGUACUGUAAUGCUUGCCAAGGGAAACAUCUGUUAUCACUUGUCUUUUAAAUGUAGGGUGUUUUGUUUUGUUUUUAAAUUGGGGAAACUUUUCUUACCAAUUGACAAAAAGCGAUCUAACACUCUGAAUUGGGGGGGCCCUGCAGUAUUCUGCAAAAUAUAACUUUGUGACAUGUUUGUCUUUUAGGUGUUCCAUAUGAGCUGGGGGGAAAGCCUUUAUCCUAAUAAAGGUCCAUUAGAAGGCAUAAUAAUGAAAGGGUUUAUAUGGCUCUAACAUUCUCAGAUAGCACUGAAAAGCUAUAAUUGAUAUAAUAAGAAUGCACCAAAUGGGUUGGAUCCUGUGGUGGUUUCCUCCUGGGUCUGGAGGAAAACACCAUCCCUGGCAGAACAGAUCUUAAGGGAUUACACACAGCAUCCUGACGUUUUAACAUAUGAGAUUGCAGAGCUCACAAAUGGAAAUCUGACCUAGAGCUGCUGCUAUUAAAGUCUCUUUAACCAUCUACAUGGGUAGAAAGUCUAGUGAAACUCUUAUAAAGCACACAGGUGGGUACCCACAGGAUUCACAGAGGGGAAUCCCAUCUCUCCCUUACCCAAUGAGUGCCAGCGCAUCUCCCUUCCAAUCCUGCACAUACCCCCUCAGCGUGUCUCCAGACCUCCACGUCCGGAGCAACUCCUGAAUGCCGCUGCGGCUGGGUCCGGAACAGCUCUCCACUGUGCCUCCAGGACAGGAGGUAAGUCCAUUGUCUGAGCAUGCACAGACAAUGUUGUUAUUCUGGGGGAAUUAAAACUCCCCCCUCCUUUAUUUAGUUUCAGAUUUUUCUGCAAACCUUGGGGGAGGAGUCCCCCAAGUUUGCAGAAACCUCUGUUACUGACAGUGUGCGUCCAAUCCACGGAUUUAGAUAUCUGCAGAUCGGCCCACACUUGGCUGUUAGAUAUAUAGAAAGUAUCUGUUAGGUAGCUUACCUCAGGCAUGCUCAGUGUGCAUGAGGUUCAGUCAGAAAAAGGUUUCCUCCUACACAGAAUUCUGUUCAUUGUGUGGGCACGCGAGCACCCCCCCCUCAACCUAGUUAACCUGUUCCCCAUGCACUCUCUGAAAAUGAUAGUUAAGUCUGUGCCCAUUGGUUUUGAGUGAAAGUCCAGCAUGUGUUUAAUUCUUCUAUUGCAGAGUGCCGGGAGUUAAAAGUGCUUGAACUUUGGAUCAUUCCCAGGUAAUGACUGGAUCCGACAGAGGAUUUCUGUGGGUAGGAGUUUGUUCUCCCAGUGCAGACCUCAGACUUCCCUUCCCCUCCCCUCAUGUUUUUUCUUGGGGUCCCCUUUGCAUCAAGAGCAGCAUUUGGGGGCAUAUUUUGGGCUGCACUUGGGGGUCUUAUCUAGUUGGCAGUAUCCAGUUGCACACCACUAGGUGGAAAUGCCUUCCAUCCAUGGAAGUCUCUGGUGAACCUAAGCCAAUGUACACUCUAUCAAAAAUGUCCCCAAAAUGGGUUGAAAAUGAGCUUCUCAGAACAGGUAAAAUGUGUUACAAACACUUUUUAAAAUUAGGGAAUAAUAUGCUAAUUAUAUAUUUAUGUAUUCACUGGUAGGCAUUGAAUGCUUUUUUAAAAAAGCAAAUGUGUAUUUUGUGCUAGUCAUUUUGUGUUACUUUCCAUUUUGUGCUGCUGUUUAUAACUCUGAAUUUCAUUCUAAGCAUGCAUAGAUGCUUCUAAUAAAUGUGUA